AUGACAUACUAUUCGUCACCGCCGAAAAACUUUUCACCAAAGCGUGAACUUCAAAAUGUCCCUUUUUCUAGAAUAUCCAAGACCAUCGUGAAAAAUAUAACACCAAUUGAGAGUGACGAUGGUUGCCCAACCACGCCCAUCCAAAUUCUUGAAGACAAUCAAGAGGAUGACCAAUAUGGAAUUAGUCAAGCAAGCACCUCAUCAACAAUAAAUCCCUCUGUUUCAGGAGGUAAAGUCGGUGAUAAUUCGUCUGUUGAAUGGGAAAAAGAAUCGUGUUCUCUCGAAUUGAAAAGAGGAAAAACUCGCAGGUUGAAUGAAAAAUAUGCACUCAUGCAGAGAAAGAUGACCGAAAUGGCUCAAGACAUGACAAGUUCACGACGCAUACCCAAAUUAAAUCGUGCGUUCGGAAAAUCAUCUCGUACCGCUGGUUCGUAUGGCAUCAAAAGUGCGGGAAAGCAUGGCAAAAGAGCCCCCGUGGUAGAACAAGAUGAUAUCUCUGAAAGUGGUGUUAGUAACUUAUUUUUUAGGGGUGGCAGUAACUCCUCAGGCUUUGAACAGUCAUUAGAGCAACAGCAGCAACAACAACAAUGGCAAAAUAAGGAUUGUUCUUCACAAUACAAAAGUGACACAUUUGAUGGAACUAUUAAGUCAACACCAUCAACACCAUACUCGAUCGGAUUAUCCAUCAGCAGUAUCAGCAACAAUAACAAUUCAACAACACCUCAACCCCAUGCUCAAACUCAUAGAUGGACCUCACAAUCAUCACCCACUGCCAAUUCAUUAUAUUCCACGCCGCAUAGGCCGAGUCACCAACCCAUUAAUACACGUAAUUCAGCGAAGCGUAUUUCCUCUGUAUGGCCACCACCAUCGGUUCCAAAUUAUGAUCCUCCUUCGCCUUCUCCAAUUCCUAAAAUGUUUAAAGACGAUGACCGUAUGGAUGUCGAUCUAGAGAUUAGUUUAUCUUCACCUUCAUCUCGAGAUGGAACCGAUGAGCGGUCUACAUCGACUUCACCCGAAGAAAAUAUUUAUACGAGACAGUUGUUCCAUCAGAAACUAGGACUGGAAGAUGCUGCAAGACCGCCGUUGUUGUCAUUUGGCUCUGAUGAGGAGGAGGAGGAUGAUGAUAACAAUAGUGACAAUAGAUCAGAUAUUUUCAGAGUUUAG